AGAGGAAGGGCUGCUCUGCACACACAUCUGCAGCACUCAUAGGAGUCUGGAAUGCCCUCAAGCUGGCAACAAUGAAGUCAGAGGACUGUUCCCUUGGACAGGGCCUCCAGAGAUGGAUCCAUUUUCCGAAACAUCUGGACCUGAAUCUGGGCCCAGGCUGAGGAGGGUUUGGAUACUUCAAGGCACUUCAUGCUGCAGAUGUGGAGACACACCCAGAGAGAAAGCCUGACGUACCACACAGCCAGUGAAUAACUGAGGCCAUGGUGGUUUUGUCAAUGGUUCUUGUGUUUCUGCUGGUCCUGGGCAGAGGUGAGAGUGAGUUGGACACCAAGAUCACAUCCUCAGGGGAGGCCACAGAAUGGGGAUUUCCUGACCUGUCCCUGCUGAGGUCCUGCCAGCCAGCUCCCACCUGCCAGAAGUGCAUCCUGUCACAUCCCAGCUGUGCAUGGUGCAAGCAACUGAACUUCACAGCCUCUGGGGAGGCGGAGGCGCGGCGCUGCGCGCGGCGAGAGGAGCUGCUGGCCCGGGGCUGCCCGGAGCAGGAGCUGGAGGAGCCGCGCGGCCGGCAGGAGGUGCUGCAGGACAAGCCGCUCAGCCACGGCGUCCGGGGCGAGGGGGCCACCCAGCUGGCGCCGCAGCGGCUCCGCGUCACGCUGCGGCUCGGGGAACCCCAGCAGCUCCGAGUCCGCUUCCUCAGAGCCGCGGGAUACCCGGUAGACCUGUACUACCUUAUGGAUCUGAGCUACUCCAUGAAGGAUGACCUGGAACGCGUGCGCCAGCUUGGGCACGCUCUGCUGGUCCGGCUGCAGGAGGUCACCCAUUCCGUGCGCAUUGGUUUCGGCUCCUUCGUGGACAAAACAGUGCUGCCCUUUGUGAGCACAGUGCCCUCCAAAUUGCGACACCCCUGCCCCAGCCGGCUGGAGCGCUGCCAACCGCCCUUUAGCUUUCAUCAUGUGCUGUCCCUGACUGGGGACGCUCAGGCCUUUGAGAGGGAGGUGGGGCGCCAGAGUGUGUCCGGCAACCUGGACUCACCUGAAGGUGGCUUCGAUGCCAUUCUGCAGGCUGCCCUCUGCCAGGAGCAGAUUGGCUGGAGAAAUGUGUCCCGGCUGCUGGUGUUUACUUCAGAUGAUACAUUCCACACAGCUGGGGAUGGGAAGUUGGGUGGCAUUUUCAUGCCCAGUGACGGGCAUUGCCACUUGGACAGCAAUGGCCUAUACAGUCGCAGCCCAGAGUUUGACUACCCCUCUGUGAGUCAAGUAGCACAGGCCCUCACUGCAGCAAACAUCCAGCCCAUCUUUGCUGUCACCAGUGCCACACUGCCUAUCUAUCAGGAGCUGAGUCAACUGAUUCCGAAGUCUGCGGUGGGGGAGCUGAGUGAGGACUCCAGUAACGUGGUGCAGCUCAUCAUGGACGCUUAUGAUAGCCUGUCAUCUACUGUGACCCUUGAACACUCUUCACUCCCUCCUGGUGUCAACAUCUCUUAUAAAUCCCAGUGUGGGGGUCCUGAGAAGAAAAAGGGUGAGGCUGGGGAAGCCCGGGGACAGUGCAACCACGUCCGAAUCAACCAGACGGUGGAUUUCUUGGUUACUCUCCAAGCCAACAACUGCCUCCCAGAGCCUCAUCUCCUGAGGCUCCGAGCCCUUGGCUUCUCAGAGGAGCUGACUGUGGAGCUGCACACACUGUGUGAUUGUGACUGCAGUGAUGCCCAGCCCCGGGCUCCCCACUGCAGUGAUGGCCAGGGACACCUUCAGUGUGGGAUGUGCAGCUGUGCCCCUGGCCGCCUGGGUCGGCUGUGUGAGUGCUCUGAGGCUGAGCUCUCUUCCCUGGAUCUGGAGUCUGGGUGCCGGGCCCCCAAUGGGACAGGGCCCCUAUGCAGUGGUAAGGGACGGUGCCAAUGUGGACGUUGCAGCUGCACUGGACAGAGCUCUGGGCGUCUGUGCGAGUGUGAUGAUGCCAGCUGUGAGCGACAUGAGGGCAUCCUCUGUGGAGGCUUUGGCCGCUGCCAAUGUGGAGUGUGUCACUGUCAUGCCAACCGCACGGGCAGCGCAUGUGAGUGCAGUGGGAAUGUGGAUAGUUGUGUUAGUCCUGAGGGAGGACUCUGCAGUGGGAAUGGAAAAUGCAAAUGCAACCGCUGCCAGUGCUCUGACGGUUACUAUGGGGCUCUGUGUGACCAGUGCCCAGGCUGCAAGACACCAUGUGAGAGACACAGGGACUGUGCAGAGUGUGGAGCCUUUGGGACUGGCCCACUGGCCACCAAUUGUACCAAAGCUUGUGCCCAGGCCAAUGUGACCCUGACUUCUGCUCCUAUCUCGGAUGAUGGCUGGUGCAAAGACAGGACACUGGACAACCAGCUGUUCUUCUUCACAGUGGAGGAUGAGGAUGGAGGCAAAGUUGUGCUGAGAGUGAGACCCCAGGAGAAGGGAGCAGAUAACACCCAAGCUAUUGUGCUGGGCUGCAUAGGGGGCAUUGUGGCAGUGGGCCUGGGGCUGGUUCUGGCUUACCGGCUCUCAGUGGAAAUCUAUGACCGCCGAGAAUUCAGUCGCUUUGAGGAAGAGCGGCAGCAACUCAACUGGAAGCAGGACAACAACCCUCUCUACAAAAGUGCCAUCACAACCACCAUCAAUCCUCGCUUUCAAGGGGGAGAUGGUCCCAUUCUCUGAGGGGGGAGGAGGGGACUUACCAGGGUUCUGUUCUUUGGGAGGAUCAUGGGAAUGUGGGUAGUCUGGAGGACUAAUUCACUGCAAGGAGUGGCCUUCACCUUACUUUACCUUCAGAGUGACACUCAAGAGAGCUGUUUCCUACUGUGAACCUGUUACCCACCUCAUAAAGAAUAGCAAUUCUCCUACUGGAGUAUACAAUAAAGAGUCUAACCUCAGACUACCGCUGUCUGUCACUUUGUUUCACUCCACCAGGACCAAAGUAGGUUUUCUAGCCUGGGCCUUAGGAAAGCUCAUGCUCAUUCCUUCUCUGGCCACCUGAGGGCAGGGAGAGGCUGGCUCCUGCUGCUGGCCUGGGAACAGCUGGGUCCCAACUUCCCAGGCCUUGAGGGUACUGAUAUAGAAGGGUCACCACUCAGAAACACUGCCUCUGCUGGAGUGUGCGCCUUUCUUAUAUGAAUGCCCUAUUUUUGCUUCCACUUAAUAGUACCUCUGUG